AUGUGGUGUCACCGAAAAGAUUAUGACACUCUUGUCAAAAAGACUUGGUGUACUCGUUUUAAUGGCUCUCAUAUGUUCAAUCUUGUGAAGAAAUGUAAACUACUAAAGGUUGCAUCAAAGAAAUGGAAUAUGUCCCAGUUUGAGACGGAUCAAGCUAUCUCUUCUCCAGCUAUUAUAUCUAGUGAAAUUACAAAGGAAUUUUGUAAAAGAUUUAUUUCAAAUCCAAAUUGUGGAUUUGAUGAAGGUGUUGACUUUAAUCUUCUUUCUCCUAUAAUCUCUGAUGAAGAUAAUGACUAUCUUAUAGCAGUAGUCUCCGCUGAAGAAAUUAAAGAAGCUGUUUUCGCUCUAGUGGACAAAUCUCCUGGUCCUGAGUGGUUCUCCUUUUUUCUUUCAGAAAUAUUGGACUCUAGUGGAAAAAUUAUUCACCCUCUGCAAGGGGCCUUUGUUCCAGAACGUCUUAUUCAAGACAAUAUUCUAAUUGCUCAUGAGGUCUUCCACUCUUUUAGUAAAAAAUCUGGAUCUGAGGGGUGGAUUGCAAUCAAACUCGAUAUGGAAAAAGCUUAUGAUAGAUUAGAAUGGGACUAUAUUUUAGUCACUCUAAAGAAGUUGGGAUUCUGCUCUCAAUGGGUUGCUUGGAUUCGGUGUUGCAUCACAACUCCCUCCUUUUCAGUUUUAGUCAAUGGCAUUCCCGGUGAUCGGUUUACCCCGUCCAGAGGAAUCCGUCAAGGUGAUCCGCUCUCACCUUAUCUUUUCAUUAUAUGUGCUGAACUUCUUGCUAGGCAACUGUCAGCGGCUAAUGAUCACAGAGAUAAAUUAAUUGGUGUUCCUAUAGGUAAAUCUGGUGUUCGUAUCCCUUUUCUUACCUUUGCUGAUGACACUAUGAUUUUUGCGCGAGCCUCUGAUAAUAGUUGUUCUGCUAUUAAGCUAAUUCUUGAUAAAUAUUGUUCUAUGUCUGGCCAGCUUGUUAAUUUUCAUAAAUCUGCCUUUCAAUGUUCUCCUAAUGUUUCUGCAGAGUCUAAAGUUAAUUUUGCUUCGCUACUUGGAAUGGCUGAAACAAACAAUUUAGGGGAGUAUUUGGGUUGCCCAAUUAUAGAUUCUCGAGUUACAAAGGAAACUUUUGGGAAAGUUUGCACUAAGGUUGUCAAUCAGUUACCUAAGUGGAAAGCCAACUCUCUUUCCCAAGCUGGUAGAAGGCCUUUGUUUAAAAAGGGUCUAAGAUGGCAGGUUGGAAAUGGUAAAGACAUUAGAUUUUGGGAGGAUAAUUGGGUUUUCCAAUAUCCAUUAGAUGGUGGUUGUCCUCUCUCGGGUUCAGAAGCCAGGACUCUUGUUUGGGGAUUGACGGCGGAUGGAGAAUACUCCGUUAAGUCUGGUUCCCUUUUAGCCCAAGGAGCUUUUAAUCCAAAUUUUGAGAAGGUAUUCUCCUGCCUCCACGAUAGUGCCUCUUGGCCUCAUGUCCUGGUAAUAUUAAUUUCUCUAGCUCCUUUACUUUCCGUUAUUGGAUUGAGAAACAAAGUUAUCUUCAAUGAUGAGGGGUUUUCUCCUCGUCGUGUUAGUUUUAUAAUUAAGAACUUUUAUGAACAAUGGUUGAAGUCUGAUCUGGAUGAUGGAGAUGAUAAUGUUGUUUCCACCUCUAGCAUUAAAAAGCCCAUGAUCAACUGGUGCCAAGUCUUUGGGCCCAAUAUUUCUAUUUUGCAAGCUGAAGCUUGGGCUCUUAGAGAAGGAAUUAAAGGAGCUAUUUCUCUUGAUAUUUCUAAUAUUAUUAUUGAAGGAGACAACUUAGCUGUCAUUAAUUCUAUGAAGAAUUGUUGGCGUAUUCCGUGGGAAAUUUCUAACAUUGUGAUAGAUGCAGGUGUGGCUACUAGGUGGUUUCAGGACUGUCAGUUCCGUCACUGCUUUCGCGAAGCUAACAAGGCUGCUGACUUCAUGGCUAGGAAAGCGCAUGACCACCCCUCCUUACUGUACUGGUUCCCCCCGUACUGUUUGGAUUUUUCCCUCAUCAUCCGAAAGGAUGUUUUAGGCUGGCCCCCAGAUUAG